AUGCGCCUCCCCGGCCUCUCCCUCCUCUCCCUCCUCGGCCCUCUCCUCCUCAUCCUCGGCAAUUCGCCCCUCGCAUCCGCCAAAAUGGGCACUGCCUGCUUCAAAGUCGUCGCCGCCCUGGUCGGCCGACCCGGCGACGUCUUCCAGCAAUUCCAGACGGAGAUCUGCGAUCGCGGCUGCCAGCCUACCGUGCCGCACUGGGAUCUCUGGACGCGCAACAACACCUUCGUGCCGGCGGUGCGGGCGAUGAUGAAGCGCGUGGACUCGCCGCGACAGGAGGAGGAGAUGAUGCAGCUGGGUGACGACGUGGCGGACAUCAUCAAGAAGCGCUGCGGACCGAUGCUUCAGGGGCGCGACAUCUGCGCGGACGACGAGACGCUGGCGGAGUUCGGCAAUUGCUUCAAGAAGCAGUUCUUGCGGGCGGCGCUGGUGCAUCUGCCUCGUCUGCUGCCCAUGGCGUCGGACGAGAUCUGCAGCGAGCAACUGGCCUACUUGCAGACGGACGAACUGUGGCAGGAGAUCAUCCCGGGGAACAUGCGUGAGUAUGCGCAGGUGUGUCGGUCGUUGGGGGUGGGGAUGCAGGAGUUGUAG